AUGACUGAUGGACUUAGCAGUGCUCUUAACGGAACCACAGUUGCUGCUGUCUCCGGUCUUGGCCAGGAUCAACUGAAAGGUAAGGAUUUGGCACACGCUCUUUGUGAUUUUCCCUAUUACUCGUCUUUGGAUGCUUCAGCCGUUUCGGCGAGUCUUCGUCCGAUCAGGGAUUCUUCUGAUGGAGCAUUCAAAAAAGUCAAGACAGAAAGUAGUUCUUCAGUAUUUGCAAACUCUUUAUCUUCAAAUACGCCACAAGUUCCGGCCAGUGUCAGACGGCGACAUCGAACUACGUUUACCCAGGAACAAUUAGCUGAGCUUGACGCUGCAUUCCAGAAGUCUCACUAUCCGGACAUUUAUGUUAGGGAAGAACUGGCGAGAAUCACUAAAUUAAAUGAAGCACGUAUACAGGUUUGA